AUGUGGAGUUACGACAGCAAUGUCUACGAAACUAUCGUCGGCAACCCCUGCUCCUACGACAGGUAUAAAUUGGAACCCGAUAAAGUUAGCACCGAUGAAUUUUAUCUCUUAGUGAACGGUUCACUAUUUGUACCUUUCAAUAAUCCUUCAUUGCUGGGCACGAGGGAUUUUUGCAUGGAAACAUUUUGGAAUGAGUCCAAUCCUGCUGGAAUAACAUUACCUUUGGUAUGUUUUACUACACCAUUGGAGGAAUCUAAAACAUCAGCUACACUAAUUGCAUAUGCAACCGGUCUAAUAAUAUCGGUUCCGUUUCUACUAGCGACAGCAGCUGUAUAUAUCCUUAUCAGAGAACUUAGAGAUACACACGGAAAAGCACUGGCAUGCCAUACGAUUUGCUUGGCAAUUGCAUUCUCAUGCUUGGCGGCUACUCAAUUGGCAGGCCAUGCUUUUCCAGUGGCAGUUUGUUCAGUUAUGGCCUACACCAUCCAGUUUUCAUUUGUAUCAUGCUUUUUCUGGUUAAACGUUAUGUGUUUCGAUACCUUUUUAAAUGUCAGGCGUUACAUCAAUUCAACAGUUAGUAGAAGAAGUAUGCGUCGCCGAUUUGCGUGGUAUUGCGCAUACGCAAUACUGCUCCCAGUUAUUCUAUUGGUGGUCACCGUUGUUAUGGAGUUAUCUCCAGCGGUGCCUAGCACUUAUUUGAAGCCAAAUUUUGGAGUCAAAGGCUGUUGGUUUAAAACGGAUCAAGCAGCAUUGCCUUAUUUCUACGGACCAGUAGCCGUGAUUCUCAUCGCCAAUAUUUUGAUAUUUUUCUUGACGUCAAGAGCAUUUGCGAAGCAUUACGACAAACUAAAAGAUAUAACACCAUUAGACAUGACGCACUCAGAUUUCAGUACAUCGGAUGAUUGGGUGCGACUGGGAACUGUGCUUGGUCAAACUAUUCCACCACAUGAGAGGACAUCCUCGCCUCCCAGAGAGUCACAUGACAAUUUCCGAUACCGAAUAAAGAAGUAUAGGAAAAUAUUUCGGACAUGUUGUAUGCUGUCCUUCAUCAUGGGUUUGUCUUGGGUACUUGAGGUAGUUUCUUGGGCAGCCGGUGCGGGCAACACAGCGGUCUCUGUGUGGUCCGUUUUCGAUCUCAUAAACGCAUUACAAGGAGUAGUCAUUUUCGCCAUUUUCGUUCUGCAGCAACCUGUCAGAUCAAAAGUUAAGUCUUCGAGGAUAUUCAACUAUUGCAAAAGGAGAACGAACGGCUCAGAUGUAUCGGUGGUGAGUGACAGAAACAGCAUCAUCGGCCCUGGGAGGAGAGAUUUUGUGUAG